GUCAAGCACAAGCUGUUGAAAUCGUAAAUGCCUCUCUCCGCCGAUCUUUAUCACCAAGAGCAACCAGACAGACACCGACGCCAUUGCAGUGCACAGGAGAACCCUACCCUGGGUGAAGCUACAUCAAUAGAGCAUGCUACGUAGGAAUAUACCUUCUCUUCAACAAAACAACAGACUCCACUGAACUGAGAGUCUGUUUUUCCAUUCAAUUCUCCCCAGAAUUAUUAUAUUUUCUCAUUCUAGGACAGCAUUGCUCCUCUCCUCAGCGACUACACUCGAAGCAGACACUCCCACAACACACCAGGACACCCCAGUCUGACCAUACAAAAGUUGUGGAAACCUAUCAACUUUGGAGAGAAGCCUAUCUUUACGGCCGGAUAUACGGUGGCCUUCCAGUGCAGAGAGAGAGUGACAUUUGGGGAGAGAAAGAGGGGAUUUGGGGAUUUUUCUCUCUUCUGGUGGGUCUGUGAAAGUCUGUCAAGACGCCGCGUGCCGUGCUCCGCGUGAAGAAUGCCCAGGCGAGGAUGGCCAAGCCGGCUGAGCCAGCGCCAACACCUGGGCUCUACAUGGAGCGCUCGCAGAGUCGGAUCAGCCUGUCGGCCUCCUUCGAGGCUCUGGCCAUCUACUUCCCCUGUAUGAACUCUUUUGAUGAGGACGAUGUCGGUAAGCAGCCUAAAGAUGCUGAGGGUAGAAGGCUAAAGGGGAUCCAAAGGAGCACUGAGACGGGACUGGCUGUAGAGAUGCCCAGCCGCACUGUACGCCAAGCCAGCCACGAGUCCAUUGAAGACAGCAUGAACAGCUACGGCUCAGAGGGCAAUCUAAAUUACAGUGGGAUGUGCCUUGCCUCUGACGCCCAAUUCAGUGACUUCCUAGAUGGGAUGGGCCCUGCACAGUUUGUUGGGCGACAGACAUUAGCCACAACAUCAUUGGGUGAUGUUGAAAUAGGCCUGCUGGAGAGAAAUGGUGGUUUGGAGGUGGAGAUUGUGCAGGCCAGAGGACUCACACAGAAACCUGGAUCCAAAGGACCUCCAGCGGCUUACAUUAAAGUGUACCUACUUGAAAAGGGGAUCUGUGUUGCAAAAAAGAAGACAAAGUCGGUUAGGAAAUCCCUGGACCCUCUGUAUAACCAAGUGCUGGUGUUCUCGGAGAGUCCACAGGCGAAAGUCGUUCAGGUGAUUGUUUGGGGAAACUACGGACGCAUGGAUCGUAAAUGCUUCAUGGGUGUCGCCCGCAUCUUAUUGGAGGAGCUGGAUUUGACAAGCAUGGUGAUUGGCUGGUACAAGCUUUUCCCCACCUCGUCCAUGGUGGACCCCACGAUGGCACCAUUGAUCCGGCACUCUUCCCAACUGUCCUUGGAGAGCACCGUGGGCCCAUCCUUUGAGCGCUCUUAAGAACUUUGCUAACAGGCUCUUUUUUGAACACACCCUUCCCUUUGUGUGCCCCCCAAAAGAAAUGCACUACCCCUUCAGAGGGACAUAUAUUGACCGUAGUGUACUGCUCUGAGAUGGUUAGUGACACUGGCCUUGCACUGUUUUUCAGAAAUAAUUUAUUUUAAACAGCAGAAAAAGGGGGCACCAAAGUUCUAGAAAGACUUUGAGAAUAGGAGUUCCUUAUUCUUACUCUUGACUUAGGCUGUUUUUUACAUGGCCCCAGAUAAUAUGUCAAUGCGUGUCAUGGGAGCAAGAGAGAGGUUUGCAACCCUCCUUCUGGGGAUGUAUCAUUCCUGUGUUCUGGUGGCAGCCAUUGGGUCUGAAGCUGAAGGUUGCAACACAGAGGGGAAUGUGCAAUAUCAUGGUUAUAAUGUAGCUGGUACAGAAGCAAAUAAGCCAACGCAAGUUCUAGAAAUCUACCACCAAGGAAAGCAGAUUCUCUCUACAAUUAAAUAAGCCAAGCUGAGAAUUCAAAUUUAGAUUGAGCUUAAUAAGUGUUGUUUGAAUAGAUUUAAGAUUGUCUUUGAAGCUUGUCUAAUAUUUUAACAGUUUCAACUGUGCCAAUUUACCAGUAAGUGUCUUGACUUUGUGGCUUGUGCCAUUGUUCAAAAGGGUAAUUUUGGAAAGGAAACAUCUGAUUACAGCUCGUGACAGGGGCACUGAAGCUUCAGUUAGAGCUGUCCUUUUUUAAAUUACAAUCAUCAUUAUGACACUGUCAAAGCAGGUAGUGAUUAACACAACUCCACAAGUGAAGCAGUGAGGAAAGCUUGAAAUAUAUUUUCUGAUCAUCUACAAAGGUCUGAGAGGAAAUAGGACAGAUAUAUAAUUAAAUCAAAGGAAUUUACAGAAAAUUGUAGAGCUGUAGGGUAAUGAAAAUAACAUGUAUUUUAUUUGGCCGCUUUAUUAUAGAUGUUUUUCUAUUAGUCUUGAGUGAGCCAAAGUGUGUUUUCUGAUUUAUUUGAUUCAUGUUCAAAGGGCAGAGACGCAGAACUUGGUAGCAUAGUAAGGUUGUAGCAUUAGGUGGUAGCAUCUGCAUGACAGAAUACCAUAUUAGCUUAUCACAAAAUAAUAAUAGUAAGCAUGAGAUAUUACAAGGGGAAGAGAAACAACACAAGUUGGUUAAAACUAAAUUGUAAAUUGAUUGAGGAGCUAAACGACAAAAGACACACAGUGCCAACGAACAGUUAAAAGUGGUUCAACAUGUAGAAUGGUCGGGAAAUAAACAUAAGAUUAUGGCCAAUGUUCUGGUCAGAGGGGAUAGGCUUUUAACCAUUCACUGGAACAUUGUGUAUUGUCCUUAACAUGUAGCAGUUAAAUUCAGAUUUAUGAAGAUUAUUGCAAUUCUGACUUAUGUGCUACUGUUGAAAACAGAAUAGCUAUAUUAACUUUAAAGAAAUAAGUGUAUUUGGUCCGUUUAAGUACUACACAGAACACCCGGGUCUAGCUAGAAUGAGCCUACAUGUUGUGUAUAAUGUAUUAAGUCAAAUUUUUAUGAAAUGUAAAAAAUUAAAAUAAUUUGGAGACAACAUUUUGAAAAUGCUGAAUUAACUUGAAGACUAAAUUCAAGUCUUAAGAUGAACAUUAAAUUGUAGGCACAGCAUCAAAGUGAUGAAGAUAAGAGCUCACUAGAGCAGGUAGCACUGGUACAGAAAUAUGAUACCAAGACUUACUGUUUUGAAACAUGUAUUUUUCCAACCAAUAUCUUCAUUUUGUAAAGCAAUAAGUAGCAGCACCCAUCCACAACAAUCCACAACAAACCUCCAUGUUAUGUCCCUCGAAGUGUGAUGUAUAAGGCUAAAACUAUUAUUAAGCUAAUACAACCUGUAAGUAAUUUAUAUGCUAUCCAGUGUAGACAAUAAG